AUGAAAUUUUUUAAUAUUCUCGCAAUUGUUUUAUCUUUAUCUUUCAUUGGCGCCUCAAACGAUAACAAAGGCCCCGCCACAGACCCUACUCCCGAUAACCCAAACAAUGAUGGAAAUGUCCACAUUUUAACAAAAGACAUCGACUUAAAACAAUUACAAGGAACCUACUACGAAAUUGCAACAAAUGCAUCUGAUAAAAUAUUCCCAGGAUUAUUAUGUAGAUGUACUAAAUAUGAUUUUUCCGGUUUAAGAAGAGAUGGAAACUCAGCAUACAUAUUAGUUAACUUUGCAUGUGAUAGAAACUUUAUUUUUGGAGAAAAAAAAUCAGAAAUGUUAUUUAAAUUAAUUUUAAAUAAACCUGUUGAUGAAAAUACUACUGUUGUUGAUGAGUUCAAUUCAAGUAUAUAUGUUGUCCAAGGAAAUCAGCAAAUAUUAUUAAAUAGUAAUUUAAAUAUUAUAUAUGCUGAAAUGAAUGAACAAAAUGAAUAUGAACAUUUAAUUAUUGCAGGAACUAAAUCAAUUGAACCCAUGAUUAUUUUAUCUAAAUAUAGAACCAUACUUUUAGAAACAUAUAAUAAAUUAUUAAAUGCUCUUUAUGUUGCUGGUUAUGACCCAUCUCUUUUGAACUGGCCAUUUAUUCUUCAAACUGAUCAAACAUUUUGUGAUUAA